AUGGACAAGAUAAACGAUGUUGGCAACUUGUCUGGUGGUCAGAAGGUAUACAAAUGGACAAUUGAACGUAAAUUGGCGCAAGGUGAUUUCUCGCAUGUCUACAUGUGCAGUGGAUUAGCGUCCGGAACGAAUGCGACAAAGUUCGCGAUCAAGUGCGAACGGGCUGACAGCAUUUAUCAAAUGCUAAAAGUGGAAGCAUACGUCCUACAACGAAUUUCAAAAAAAGGCACUCGACAUUUUUGCGAAAUGAUUGAUAUUGGAAAAUACGCUGGAAUUCAUUAUAUCGUUAUGAAUCUACUCGGACGAGCUAUUGUGGAUUAUUUGAAAUCUUCUAAAACUGGAACAUUCACGACGAAUUGUGCAUUGAGUCUUGGUAUUCAGAUUUACGAAGCGCUUGAAGAUCUUCACAAUGAAGGAUUCAUUCACCGCGAUUUGAAACCAUCGAAUAUCUGUAUGGGCCGGCAAGAUCGCGGCGAACUCGGAAAAUUGUAUUUGUUGAGCUUCUCGAUUGCUCGAAAAUAUCUCGACGCGAAAGGACAAAUGCGAAAAGCGAGGCCGAGUGUGGAAUUUCGCGGAACUGUUCGAUAUGCCUCGCAGAAUUGCCAUCAAUUGCAGGAGCUCAGUCGAAAAGAUGAUUUAGAAUCGGCAUUCUACGUCAUUGUUGAAAUGAUAACCGGCGCUCUUCCGUGGAAAGGACUACCCGAUGCAAACUACGUUGCAAAGACCAAAGCGGCUUCACGUCAUCCGCCAGCGGUUUUUCAGUUUCUUCGAGGAGCUUGUCCGUUCGACGAGCUUAAGGAACUUUUGAAUAUGAUCGACGGUCUAGGCUACAUGUCAACUCCAGACUAUCAACUUAUUUAUUUGACACUUCGGCGAGCUAUGAAGAAAAGCCCGCAGCCAGAACACCCCUAUGACUGGGAGAAUGGUGGACCACUUUAUGUCCCAGAUGUUGCAUAA